AUGUGUUAUGUUAUAGACUUGCUUCUGCUGGCAGGCGCAGUUGCAUACGCACUGCGUUCGCCUGGACGGGCCAAGCUCGAGGAAACAGGACAUCUGCAUGCGCCACAGGAAGAGGACGACGAUGUUUCCGAGACUAGAUCCGACCAGGAUGACGAGGCUUGCGAUAACAUAGAACCUCGCUCCCUCGAAGACUGGCUGGCGCCCGUUCCGGAUGCUGCAUGGCACCAGCAGAUCCGUAAGAUGAGGCAGGAUAAGACUGGAGAAGCGCUGCUAGGCUCUGCCAAGUUUUAG